CUCCCCACCGCUCUUUCUCUCUCACGGCUGGCGAUCAGGUGUCUGUUGCUCUUUUUUUUUUUUUUUUUUUUUUUAAGUUGUUUCCCCGGGAAAAAAAAAAAAAAAUUGGGAAGAAGAAAAAGAAGGUGCCGAAAAGGAGGUGAUUGUAGAAGAGCCCUCCCUCCCCAGAACAGCAACGUGCUUUGAAUGAGGCUUCCCAGCCUCUUCCACUCCGUCUCACACUCUGUCACUCUGCCUCUGCCUUGUGCACACUGUUGGUAUGCGACCUCGGAGCCGACUGCUCCGCCACCUCUGCCUGGGGAGCCGCUGACAGCGAUUGAGCCAGCCCCCCUUCCAUUUUUUUUUUUUUUUUCUCUCCCCCCCCGCUUUUGCAAACACACACGCACACCCCCAAAGCACAUUUAAUGCUGAUCCACUCAGGCGCCAUUAUCGGGGGUACGUCUUCGUGGAGUGUUUUGGUGUUUUUUUUUGUUUUUUUUUUUUUUUUUUUUUUUUCCCCCGACACUGGAUGGUGCAGCAUUCCCGGGGCCUGUGGUGUUACGGCUCGAUUGCGCUUUAUUAUUUAUUUAUCUAUCUUCUCUCCUCUCCCCCCAUCACUCCCCUCCUCUCUGCCUUCUCGAUCCCCCCCCCCACCCCCCCCGCGCUUCUCUCCGGGUGCCGGUGCAGAGGACCGGGGAGCAGGAUCCCUCCUCUCUCCCUUCCACUGAAGUGGGACUGAGCCUUGCCCCCGUGUAGCAUGCUGUAGCCAAAAAAGAAGAAAGGAGGGGGGAGAUAAAAAAAAAAAAAAAAAAAAAAAAAAAAAAAAGAGAGAGAAAGCGGGAGAAGCAUCUCUCUUUCCCUCCCUCCCCCUCGUUUCCCGCGGAUUGACUUCAUGGCUUCACUGUACCAGCGGUUCAGCGGGAAGAUCAACACCUCCCGCUCCUUCCCCGUCCCCCCCGAGGCGAGUCGCCUCCUGGGCGCCCCGAGCAGCGAGGAGGACGGUGCUGCCGGCAAACCCGCGCCUCCAGCGCACCAGGAAAGCAGCCGGCCCCGCUUCCAGUACCAGCCGCGAAGUGACUGCGAGGAGGAGGAUGAGCUGGUGGGGAGUAACCCUCCUCAAAGAAACUGGAAAGGAAUUGCAAUUGCCUUACUUGUUAUUCUCGUUAUCUGCUCCCUGAUUGUCACCUCUGUUAUACUCCUGACACCAGUUGAAGAUAACAGCUUGUCUCAGAAGAAGAAGAUAACAGUGGAAGAUCUCUUCGGUGAUGAUUUCAAAAUUCAUGACCCAGAGGCUAAAUGGAUAACUGAUAAUGAAUUCAUUUAUAGAAACCAGAAUGGCACAGUGAUUCUGAGGAAUGUCGAAACUAACAAUUCAACAGUAUUAAUAGAAAACAAAAAAAUUGUCUCCUUAAAAGCUAUUCGAUAUGAAGUAUCACCUGACCGGGAAUAUGCACUUUUUGCCUUUAAUGUUGAACCAGUAUAUCAGCACUCAUAUACGGCAUAUUAUGUCCUCAGCAAAAUACCUCAUGGGGAUCCCCAGAAUUUGUAUCCCCCUGAGGUCAGCAAUGCAAAGCUUCAGUAUGCUGGUUGGGGUCCAAAAGGGCAACAGCUGAUAUUUAUCUUUGAGAAUAACAUCUAUUACUGUGCUCAUGUGGGGAAACAAGCCAUCCGAGUGGUCUCCACAGGAAAGGAAGGUGUUAUUUUCAAUGGGCUCAGCGACUGGCUGUAUGAAGAAGAGAUCUUGAAGACUCAUAUUGCUCACUGGUGGUCUCCUGAUGGCACCAGGUUAGCAUAUGCAACAAUUAAUGCCUCCAGAGUUCCUACCAUGGAGAUACCGGUAUACACUGGCAGCCUUUACCCUACUGUUAAAACAUAUCAUUAUCCAAAGGCUGGAAUGGAAAACCCAACUAUAUCUCUGCAUGUGAUUGGUCUUAACGGACCCACCCAUGACCUGGAAAUGACUCCUCCAGACGAUCAGAGAAUGAGGGACUACUACAUAACCAUGGUGAAAUGGGCAACCAGCACCAAGGUGGCCGUGAACUGGCUGAACAGGGCCCAGAACGUGUCUAUCCUGACGCUCUGCGAUGCCACCACAGGAGUCUGCACAAAGAAACAUGAAGAUGAAAGUGAAGGCUGGCUGCACAGACAGAAUGAAGAACCGAUUUUUUCCAAGGACGGUCGGAAGUUUUUCUUUGUCCGAGCCAUUCCCCAGGGAGGACGUGGGAAGUUCUACCACAUCGCUAUGUCGUCAUCACAGCCCAACAGUAGCAGCGACAAUUUACAGUCUAUUACAUCUGGUGAUUGGGAUGUGACAAAGAUAUUGGCAUAUGAUGAAAAGAGGCAUAAAAUUUAUUUCCACAGCACAGAAGAUUUGCCAAGAAGGCGACAUUUAUACAGCGCAAGCACAAAUGGAAACUUCAACAGACGGUGUCUGUCUUGUGAUCUGAUUGAAAACUGUACUUAUUUCAGUGCAUCCUUCAGUCACAAUCUGGAAUACUUCCUACUGACAUGUGAAGGUCCCCGAGUCCCGAUGGUGACUGUUCACAACACAACCGAUGCACAGAAAAUCUUUGAGCUGGAGGUAAAUGAAAAUGUGCAGCUGACUGUAAAUGACAGGCAAAUGCCUAAGGUAGAAUACAUGGAAAUCAAGAUAGACGAUUAUAAACUGCCAAUGCAGAUCUUAAAGCCAGCAACUUUUUCGGACACUGCGCACUACCCCUUGCUUUUGGUUGUAGACGGGACGCCUGGCAGCCAGAUUGUAACGGAGAGAUUUGAGGUGACGUGGGAAAGCGUCAUGGUCAGCUCUCACAACGCCAUCGUGCUGAAGUUCGACGGCCGCGGGAGUGGCUUCCAAGGCACUAAGCUAUUGCACGAGGUUAAGAGAAGGCUGGGCCUUUUGGAAGAGAAGGAUCAGUUGGAAGCUGUCCGGACAAUGCUGAAGGAGCAUUACAUUGAUAAAAUGCGAGUCGGUGUAUUUGGGAAGGAUUAUGGUGGCUACCUGAGCACUUACAUGCUUCCAGCUGGUGAAGAGAACCAGGUGUUCGCCUGUGGAGCUGCUCUUUCCCCACUGACAGACUUCAAACUAUAUGCUUCUGCCUUUUCUGAAAGAUACUUGGGCUUGCAUGGGAUUGAUAACAGAGCAUACGAGAUCACCAAAUUAGCACACAGAGUCUCAUUACUGAAGGAACAGACAUUUUUGAUCAUUCAUGCUACUGCUGAUGAAAAAAUCCAUUUUCAGCAUACUGCGGACCUCAUCACACACCUAAUUAGGGCAAAGGCUAAUUACAGCUUGCAGAUUUACCCUGAUGAAAGCCAUUACUUUAGCAAUGCAGCAUUGGAGCAGCAUUUGUACAACUCCAUCGUCAACUUCUUUGUAGCGUGUUUCCAGGUUCAGGACAAACUCCCAGUAGCCCCACUGAAAGAGGAGGAGGACGACGAUUAACCCUAUUUGUCCGUGCUAAGCACAAGGCAGAUCUCUCUAACAAUAUGCAACUGGAUCAUUUUCCUGAAGAAAGAGAUGUUACGUUGUUAGCAUGUAUUUAAAGAAAACUGAAAGCAGUUCAUCUGCUUUACUUGACAGCAACUCCUUCCUAAAUGGAAGAACAUUAAGCAUGGUGAACUCAGCAGAAACUGCUGUCUGAAAUUAGUCCAUCACAACCAACAUCUUCUUUUUCUUUCUUGUUUUUUUUUCCCGCCCCCCCUUUAUUUUCUUUUGUUUUUGUUUGCCACAAAGUGACUUUUAGCAUGACAGUGCCAAGACAUUGAACUUGAAGGAACACCCCAAGAAACCACUCUGAGGACCAGAAGAUUUAAUGUCUCUUUGCAUUCAAGCAAUCAAGCAGUAGCAGUGAAAUCUGUCAUCCAUAUUUAGGUUACUAUAGUUAGCAUCACACUGUGUCAGAAAAAGAUCUAACCUAAUACAUGGAAAAGAUUAUAGCACAAUUAUUUUAAGAGAUACUGAUUCAUACAUAUUUGCCUGCUCUUUCCCAUGUUCAGAAGGUUUCUCAUUGCUACAGGACACACAAAUUCAAUUGUACAAAAUAUCACUAUAGUUACACCAAUCUUUACCUUCCUGUAGUUGUUUCUUAAUUUUGCAUAGCUUUUACUUCUGUUUUCAUUGGGUCUCAUGCUUACCUUAUUAGCUUCUCAACUUGUUCUGGAUGGGGAAAAAACACACUGAAUUAACCAACUCACUUUAGACCUUGGGAGUCUAAAGAGACCAUGAGGGUCGAGGUACCCAGACAUUAAAAAAAUCUAUUAGACUAAAGCAAAGGAAAUCUCACUCUCAUGUUCCCGGCACAGCCUUUGCCUGCAAGAUUGAGUAUUUUCUUUGUAAGCCUUGAAAAAUAUGCACAUAAAUAAGCUAAAUCAGCUUAACAUUGAGAUAUUUUUAUUGUACUUCAGAAAAAUAUGCGACAGUCACAAUUAUUUUUUUUUUCAUUUAGUGUUGGAACAAUUGGUUGGCAGCCUGUUGGAAAAAGGCUAGAUGAGGCUAUGGUAGCAGGAAUUUGUACCAGAUACUUCACAGAUCAUCUCAUAAAGCCAUUUAAACAGAACCAAUGUGCAGAGACUUAUUGCACAUGCUGUCUGUGGCUUAGUUUUAUUCCAGGUCAAUGAUUAGCGCAUUCCAAACAUGUUUAAUUAUCUCUUCUGCUCACACUGGUUUUGCCAAGCAUAAAAGAAAGAAAAAAAAAAAAUGGGAGCAUUUUUGCUUUAAAAUGUCUAACAUUUCAUUACAGCAGUGCAAAGCAACUUUUAAAACUUCUCGUGAAAACAUUCAACUCCCAGAAAGAAAUCUAACCUUCAUUCACUUCCACUUACCGCAUCAUAAGAAUUUUGACUAGUGUCGCUCCUUGUAAAAUAUUCUGACCAAAUGUACAGCCAGUAUUAAUACUGUAUAUUUCAUUUUGUUGUAUAUAAAGGAAUGUAAGUCAGUUAUUCGUCAGGUCCCCGAUCCAAUAUUAGUCUUGUGUUCGGCAUGCAUGCGAUAACAGUUCUUUGCUGAUCAGGACUCUUUAGAAGUACUCGCUUGGAAUUAUAACAAUUAAUGUAAUUUCUUUUCUUGUUUUGACAGCUUGGAUGUCAAUACCGGUUUCUACUUUUUACAUAGUACUGUGGGUAAACUCACAUCCUGACAGCAAUGACGAUGUUUCCAUUGUGUUCUUUAGUGUGUCCUUUUUAUUAUCUUUAUUUUAAGCUUUGAAUGUUGGUUGUACUUUGACCAUCAUGAAAAAUAUAUUGAUAAACCACAGAGAUUACCUAGUUUGGUUUUGAUUACCUUCUUUAAUUUACAGUGCAUCGACUUUGUGUGAACAAGAACUACGGUAUAAAUCUGCUUUAUCCGGCAAAAUGCCAAAUAGACAAUGAGAAUGCUGCGUGUCCAGAUUUUGCUACAUCAAACAGGCUCAAAAGCCUGAAAUGAACUUGACCUGAGAAAUGUAAAAAUCUGCUCUGUCCACAAUCUUUUGUAGAAAGAACUUUAGGAUGUGGCAUGGUAGUGUUUGUUCAUUCAUGGAAUAAAACAUUAUUUUACCA